AAUGAGCAUCAAACCUAGCAAUGGCUAGCAGAGGUUUCUUCCUUUUAAAUCUCUUUUUCCUUCUUCUUUCCUUCCAUCGAUGUGCCGGUAGUGUAAAACCGAAACACAUCUCAGCUCCGUUUAACCGGAGUACUUUUCCGGCUUCUUUCGUAUUCGGUGCUGCAACAGCAGCCUACCAAAUUGAAGGAGCAGCAUAUAAAGGAGGCAAGGGUGCUAGUAUAUGGGAUACUUUCGCUAAGCAACAUCCUGAAAAAAUUUGGGAUCACUCUACCGGAGAUGUAGCCAUUGAUUUUUAUCAUCGUUAUAAGGAGGACAUACAUUUUCUGAAGGAUCUUGGUAUGGAUGCUAUGAGAUUGUCCAUCUCUUGGCCCAGAAUAUUACCACGUGGGAAGGUUAGUAGAGGAAUUAAUCAAGAAGGUAUCAAAUUCUAUAACAGUGUCUUCGACGAACUCGAAUCCAAAGGUUUAAAGCCAUUUGUUACUCUUUUGCAUUGGGAUAUACCACAAGCCCUAGAAGAUGAAUAUGGUGGAAUGUUGCACACUAACAUCGUAAAUGAUUUUCGAGACUACGUGGAUAUUUGCUUCAAAGAAUUUGGUGAUCGAGUGAAGUAUUGGAUCACUAUGAAUGAACCAAUAUCCUUUAGCACAAAUGGGUACACAAUCGGGACACAAGCGCCCGGUCGAUGUUCUAGCUAUGCCGGAAAUUGCACGGCCGGAAAUUCUGCGACGGAACCAUACAUUGUAGCUCACAAUCAACUUCUUGCUCAUGCAGCUGCUGUGAAAUUGUAUAGGGAAAAAUACAAGAAAGAUCAAAAUGGAGAAAUUGGGAUCACGUUAGCAUCCCACUGGAUCGUGCCAAAAGUCAAAACAGUAGCAGGUAUCAAGGCCGCUUAUAGAGGCCUUGAUUUCAUGUUAGGAUGGUUUCUGCAUCCACUCACAUAUGGUGAUUAUCCACCGAGCAUGAGAGCUAUCGUGGGGCAUAGACUUCCCAAAUUCUCUCCCGCACAAUCAAAGAUGGUAGCAGGGUCAAUGGAUUUCUUAGGCAUGAAUUAUUAUACUUCACAGUAUGCAUCUAUUUCUGUCUCUGUCAAUAAUGUCAACCUCAGCUACUCAACUGAUAGUCAUGUCGAGCUUACUACGGAAAAAGACGGAGUUCCUAUUGGUCAAACGACUGCAUUGGAUUGGCUCUGUGUUUGUCCCAAGGGAAUCAGACUUCUUAUGCUCUACAUCAUGAAAAAGUACAAGAAUCCACCUAUUUUCAUCACUGAGAAUGGAAUGGCUGAUCAAGAUAAUAGUACAUUGACAUUACAAGAGGCCCUCAAGGACAAUUUACGGAUUAUAUACAUGCAAGGACAUCUAUGGAAUCUCCAAAAAGCUAUUGAGGAAGGAGCAAAUGUGAAGGGACACUUUGUGUGGUCAUUUAUGGACGACUUCGAAUGGGAUGCGGGUUACACGGUUCGGUUUGGCUUGGCUUUUGUAGAUUACAAAAAUGGUUUGAAGAGAUAUCCUAAGCACUCUGCUUACUGGUACAAGAAGUUCCUCCUCAAAGCAAAGUAACAACUAGUUCUUAGUUUCUGUUGAGCUGGAGUGUACUAUGAAGUUGAAUAAGGAGAGUUUCUUCAACUAGUUUUUUUUUUUUUUUUUUUCGGAGGAAUUUUAGUGUGUGCCUUUUGUUUAGAGAGUCCCGAGUUUUCAUCUUAAUAAAAACAGAGGUUUUUAAUUA